UUUUUUCCACUGUAAAACAAUUACAAAUUAAAUAUUCAAUCUGGUGGACUGUUAUCAGUUAUCGAUAAGUCUGAGCUGUUAUUUAACAUUCUUCUUGAAAUCAGCUGCUUCUUGUCUGUUUACUAGUUAGGAAUAUUUAUUUACUUAAUCAUUUUAAAUGUCGCAUACUUCACCUGUAGCACCGCCUCCACCACCACCUCCGAUGUUGAUGAGUCCUGGGACAUCUGUUCACGCCAAGGAUGUUCCUGUUGUGGUCAAUAUAACCACUGGUGAGUGCAGUUGGGCCUGGGAAUUUCCCGAGGUGCAAAAAGGAUGCUUCUUUAGCCGAGUAUGCGAAUAUGCUCCCCCAAAACACUGCCAGUAUUACAAUGUAAAGAGCAUACUUCAAGUUGGACCUACUUGUGGCUUAGUGGCCUUGAGCAUGUUGCUCGGUGGCCAGCCCACGGCAGAUUAUCUUCUGAAGGAUGCCAUCGCCAAUGAAUUCACCUUAAAUGGUGAACUGUUCAGUGCCCAGUAUUUAUAUAAACUCACCCGAAAACACAUGCCAGGACCUGGUGCAUGUCAGCUACAUGAGGGUCUUCUCAACUGUAAAAAGGUCAAAGAUUUGUUGAAAGCUGGUGGCUGUCUGUUGGUGCCUUACGAUGCUGAUGUGAACCACGCACCUUGCCUAAAAUCUGGUCACAGAGCUCAUUGGGCUUUAAUUGUCGGCUAUUUGGUGGAUAUACAAGAUCGGUUCUAUGUUUUGGCUCGGCAUGGAAAGACCCAAAAUCUAGCCGUAUGGUCACUAGAAACACUCAGCGAGAGCAAUGCCAAUCUGCUGGAGUUCGCACAACCCAAGGGUUAUCCGGAUAAUGACUUUCUUCAACCUCCAGGCGGGAUCGGUGGAUCACUGGGCCUCAACGAGCGCUCCAUUCUAGUCAACGGCCUCCCGCAGCAGGUGCUUCAUGUUCGCUGAUUUUAAACACAUUGUUUCAAUAAAAAGUAUUGUUUGUUUCGCAUUUAA